GUGGAGAGAUUUGGAGGUCAUGGUGAUGCUUCCACGCAGGCGACGACAAAUCCCGAGAGGAAGCCCUUUGAGAUCCCCUCUUUUCUCUACAUCCGCUCUUCCCCCUUUCUUUGCUGUGUCUUUCGAGCGAUUCGAGGAUUCCGUUGCCGGAAAACGAACUCGGUCGGGCGAAGGCAAUGGAUCGGUCGCGUUUGCUGGCGGUAUUGGUUUUGGUCUGCGUGAUGUCGGCUUGUCGAGGGAGAGAACUUAGGAUUGGUAGCGAGGACAAUAGUCAUGUGUAUAACCAUACUCUUGCCAAGAUACUUGUUGAAUAUGCGUCUGCUGUGUCUAUGUCAGAUCUAACUGCAUUAUUUAGCUGGACUUGCUCUAGAUGUACCGAUUUGACAGAGGGUUUUGAGGUCGUAGAGCUGAUUGUUGAUGUUAAGAACUGUUUACAGUCAUUUGUUGGUGUUGCUCAUGAUCUUAAUGCUAUUGUAGUCGCAUUCAGAGGAACUCAAGAGAACAGUCUUCGUAAUUGGAUUCAAGACCUCUUCUGGAAGCAGCUAGAUCUGAACUACCCAGACAUGCCUGGUGCCAUGGUGCACCAUGGUUUUUAUUCUGCUUAUCAUAAUACAACACUACGCCCUGGGAUCAUUAGUGCUGUUCAAAAGGCUAGGGAGUUAUAUGGAGACAUUCCCGUCAUGGUUACAGGGCAUUCAAUGGGAGGGGCUAUGGCUUCCUUUUGUGCACUUGAUCUUACUGUCAAUCACAGAAUACAGAAUGUUCAACUUAUGACAUUUGGACAACCUAGGGUUGGCAAUGCUGUUUUUGCUUCAUAUUUCAGCAAUCAUUUGCCACAUGCAGUUCGAGUUACCAAUGAGCAUGAUAUUGUGCCACAUCUACCACCAUAUUACUCUUACUUUCCCAAGAAGACAUACCAUCACUUUCCAACAGAGGUAUGGAUCCAUAACUUUGGAUUAGAUAGUCUUGUGUAUAUUACUGAGAAGAUAUGUGAUGGUUCUGGUGAAGACCCUUCGUGUAGCAGGUCUGUAAGUGGGAACAGUGUAGCAGAUCACCUGGAGUACUUCGGGAUUGAUAUGCAGGCAGAUACUUGGGGCUCCUGUGGAAUCGUGUUCAACGAAAAUAUGGUGCAGUAUCAAGUAGAUCUUGCAGGAAACAUUGUCUUAUCGAAGUGGCCAACUGUUUCAUCAACUCCACAACAAAUUAUAGAAGCAGAUAAAGGUCGGAGUGCUUCUUAGCUUCCCCAGCCACCACCACCAAAAUAAGGAAAACAGAAGGAAGAAUGGGGAACUACAUGUACAUAGUUCUUAUGGUUUACAAGAUUAGCCAGCAUUGUCAAAGCUGUAUCUAUGCAUUCAUGAGGAAUAAAUCCUAGCAUCAUUAAUAUGUUUACCAAUUCUAAGGUAUUGCAAAAGAAACUCAUUUCUUCACUUGGUUAUAUGAAUU